AUGGCGACGACCACGCGAGUGUACCCAGCUUCCAACGUUCACCAGUCUGGUAGCACAAGGCGUAGGCUCUCUUUCGACCCUGUUCGUGCGUGGCAGCAGCUGCAAGUAAGCUAUUACGGAGGGAAGUACUCUCUCCAUCGCGCGUUCGCUCUGCGCGCGUACAGCCAGAAAACCUCGUUAUCCAGGGCGCUGCUAGUGGUGCUAGGCACCCCCUUUCCUACUGUAGUUUUCGUCAUUGUUGAAGAAUUAAUCCCGCUUCAAAAGCCAGAGGACGGGUGGGUAAGAAACUACGGCUUUUGGAUACGAACAGCCAUCCUGGUGUUUGUGGUCGGCCACACGAAUUCUGGCCAGGCGAGGUAUCUCGUCGACGCGGUGGAUCUAUCUGAGCGCCAGGUUGUACUGCUGUGCGCCUGGACGACGGUCAUCUUCACUAUGUUUGCCGUGCUGGUGGCGUCUCAAAUCACCUUUCCGGUCCCGUUCUUUGUGAUCACGAUGGCUCCGAUGUUUUUCGUGCUCCUAGUCGUCUCCUUUUGCAUUAUGGUUGGCCGCCAGCAAGUCUACGAAAUAUGGGCACAAUUCGACCAAUUACUCAAGUACUUUAUCUUCGUUGGCGCGCAGGUUAUGGUGGCAAUGGUCUACCCGCUGUACGAGUCGCUAUUCCGCGCAGUCCAAGGCUCUCCGUAUCAAUUUCCAGUCAUUUUACUGCUUCCUGUGAUCAAACUGGCAGUAAAAUAUAUUUUACUUCGCUGCACGAAGCACAUGGAAGAUAUGAUCCCCGAGGCGAUCAUCUUCACCGUCGACUUUUUUAAUGCCAUCUACAUGGCGACCUGCAUGCAGAGUGCCACCUCGGACGCGUCGAUUGUGGCCAUGACGGUGCUAGACAUAUCGCAAACGAGCGCCAUGCUCUACGGGUUACACAGACGCACGAACACGCUGCAAUUGAAGCUUCGACUGGCUGUGGGCAGUGAUUCAGAGGGUAAUGAUUUGCUGGCUAUGCUGUGCACACUUUGUCGAGACGUCAAGAAGUUUAAGCGGCAGGUUCGAGCUGGGAUUCAGCUACGGUCCUGCUUUCCUCACAAAUUGGACGAUGACGACCAAUACAUUCUUCAAAAUUUGAGAAAUAACGCCAGCAAUUCAAAAAUAAUAUCUACGGAUCCCACGAUUUCGGUCCCAAGAACCUACAACAUGCAUGGUGUUGCACCGAAUGCACAGAAUUUAGUAGCUGUGGACAGACGAGCUUCCACCCGAGCCAGUAUACAGUCUCUCCUGCAUCCGGCCCACCCAACAAUUCUACUGGAAACACUUGAGGCGCUCUUCACCAUUGAGUGUAUCCUCCUCACAGCGUAUUUGGAAGCCGCGAUCCCCAUGUUUUACUGUUGCUACAUGCUGCUAUUGGUAAACUUCCCAAGCGCCCAGUAUCAUACUGAAAUGGUUGGAAUUACCCUUGAAAACGUAGAAGAGCGAGUGGUUCCUCUUGUUCUGUUUGGGCUCUUCCAGCUUUUAUCGUUUAGGCUAUUGGUGCGCAUGAUCAAGCGCAAUUGUGGGAUGGACGCUAUCAAACAUCUCGCGUUUGUUCUGGAUAAGCACAUGCCGCUGAUUCAGGGCAAGUUGACCCUCUGGAUGGCAGUCACGGUCUGCUGUCGUGUUGUACACUUCGGUGCGUCCUCAGCUUUCUUCUUUUGCUGA